UAUUGGUACAGCGCUUUGUCUCCUAAACUGACGAAUGUCGCGAUCCUAACAUUCCAUCCAUAUUCAACUCCAUCUUGCCAGAUUUUUAAAAGGAUAUAUUAACUUUGGUGGUUUUAGCAAGUACCCAUGCUUAAUUAUUAACGUUGCCAAACACCCAACACCUCUCUCCGUCUUCCUCUUCUUCCAUUUAAUCACCGUCGACGCCUCUUCCAAAGUGUUUGUGGGAAGGAUGAAUCCCAACAGGAGUCAUGGUGGCAUUCAGCUCUUGCUAGCUGCAGAACAAGAAGCCCAAAAUAUUGUAAAUGAUGCCAAAAAUGCAAAAACGUCUAGGCUUAAACAAGCAAAAGAAGAGGCCAAUAGGGAGAUUGCUGCAUACCGUUCCGAAAUGGAGGCUGAAUUUCAGAAAAAAGUUGCAGAGUCCAGUGGAGAUUCUGGUGCUAACGUUAAACGCUUGCAACAAGAGACUGACGAUAAGAUUCAGUACUUGAAAUCAGAGGCUGGAAGGGUAUCCAAUGAUGUUACGGACAUGCUUCUGAAACAUGUGACAACUGUUAAGAAAUAAGUUUUCUAUGUUGAGUGAAGACAACAUUAUGGCAUUACGGAGGUAGGCUGGAUGAUAUUUUCAGUUCUCUACCCAUAGCUUAUAUUUGAACUGGAAGCCCUUGAACUGGUGAGAUUAAAGUUGAGUUGAGUCGAGUAUUCUCUUAGUUAGUUAAUUGGUUCCCAUAUUUAAUCAAAUAAAUCACAGAG